AUGAAAAACUUUUUCGAAGGACUUGGUAAAUCGCGUGGCAAGAAUGAUAUUUCGGGCAGAACGUCACCAGUUAACUUGGAACCUUUGGAAUCUAAUGAAGUGAAUAAGGAUCAACAAACUAACAAAAAAGAAACUAAAUCACUACCACCUUCACAAAAAUCAGAGGAAUCAAACACAGGAAAGAAUACGAAAGAUACAAUCGAAAAAACGAACAAUGCUAGUGAUAAAUCGAGAGAAGUUAUAAAAGGAGAUGAGAAGAAGACAGAAAAACAAACUUCACCAGCUGAUGCAACCAAUAAAUUUACAAAUAAAGCAGACGACAGUGUAGAAGCACCACAAGAUAAGCCACCGAGUACUGUACGUCUAAUAGACAGAGUAAAUCAAGGACCAACAAAUCAAAUUAAUGAAAAGAAUCCAUCAUCUACACUGAUUAACUUUUUAACAUCACCUGUACAAACAAUCAAAUCAAACAGAGCUCCAAGUCCAACAACUCCACCUACUAAAACAAAACCGGUGGAUGAAGUGAAAGAUCUGGAAACUGAUAAAAAAUCCUCUGAACUCAAAGAAAAACAAAAUAAAAACUCAAAGAAUGAGACAAAUGAAGUUCAAUCUAAAAAGGUCGAAAGCCAACCAAAUAUUAAUGUUGGACAGAAGAAAGAGAUUACUUCUGGUUCACAACCUGCACCAAAUACUAAAACGCAAGAAGUACUGAAUAAGGAUAACGGUAAUGUCCAAACAACUAAGUCAAAAGAUGAUAAGGUUCCCGAGUCUCAGAACAAGUCGAAUAAUAUUGUAACUGAAUCAGCGUCAGAGGUCCCAGUUAAGAAAACUUUAAAGGAUAAACCGGAAAAUGAAACCCAAGUCAGCAAACCAGAAGUCAGUCAAUCUAAUACAAACUAUUUGGUUCCAUCCAAUAUACCCCAACCUGAUACUAAUCUGAAACUAGGACGAAAGGGUGUUAUUACAAGAUCUGAAGGUGAACAACUUAAGCCUUACCAACCUAAAAUUACAAGUAAACAUAAUGAUCCACCAGAUUUGAGUUUAACCUCAGAUAAAGGAGUUAAUCGUUCAAUUAAUACGGGACAAAAAGAAUGUGAGAAAUACAAUGAAAGUCAAAGAAUUGAUCUCAAAAAUUUAGACCCUUGCAGACCAGUAUUUUUCUCAGUAAUAGAUUUAAAGCGUUCCGGUUUUGCCAACGCUGAAGAUAUUGAAAAUUGUUGGAACAAGCUUGGAGUUCCAGAUGUUGAAAAUCUACUCAAAUAUUUAGGAUUUCCGAAACAUGGAAUAAUCAACCUUGACCAUCUAACACAAUCACUACAUGAAGCAUUAGAAAUGAACACUUAUGAUGAUCCGGGUGUACUGGCUGGAAUUCGUUCAAUAAAUUUGGAAUUACAUUUAACUGAAGCACUCAAAAAUGCAUAUAGAAAAGAAAUUGAAAAGUUUGACACAAAUCUUACAGAAGAACGUGAAAUGAUUUUACGCUAUUUUCAUCAACAAUUAAAUGAAAUACGUCAAAAAAUGGAAAUUUUACUUGGUCAAAAAGAAGCUGAAAUUAAACAGGUUCAACAAAAACUUGAUAAAACAAUUCAAUCAUCAAAUGAAAUUGAAAUAAAAAAUAAAGAUGUUGAAUUCCUUAUGCAGACGGAAGAUAAAUUCUUGAACUUCAUUACAAAUCUAAGUGAUAUUAUGGAAGCCGAAAUUAAACAAUGUGAAAUGAGCGGAGAACAUUUUAAUCAUAUCUUUGCUUUUAAUGAAAAAAUAAAGAAAACAGUAGACCAAGUUAAAAGUCAAACAGAAAGUAAGGAUCAUUUUCAGCGUCUGAAAGAUUCAAUUCAAAUUCUUAAAGACUAUAGUCAAUUACUUCAAAUAAUUGUAAUUAAAUUUGCCGGUAUACAACGUCAUACACAAUUUAUCAUAAAUCAAGAAAAAGAGAAAAAUGAAAAACUUGAAAAAGCUUUGGAGAUACAUCAAACGAAUUUAUUUAACUUACAGACAACAUUUGAUAAUAUAUCAAGACAAAACCAAAAACUUUUCAAUGAAUAUGAAGAAUUACAACAGAAAAUUCAACUGAAAGAGGUUACAAUUAAAACUUUACAAGAAGAGAAUAAUCAAUUAUCAGAGAAUUAUAAAACUGUUUUACAGAAAUUAACUUCCAACAAUAUUAACAAUGACAACAGUAGUAAUGUCAACACAAAUAAUGUGAAAAGAAAUGAUGGAACUUAUGAGAGUAACAAAAGUAACGAUGAUAAAAGUAUUAACGAUCGCAAACAAAAUAACAAAGAAUAUACACAACCUGAUCAAAAUCAUCACCAACGUGAAUCUCCAAUGAAUCCAACGCAUAUGACGUACCCGGAAAAAAAUAAUAUAUCAUUGUAUCAAAUAUCAAAAGAACAAUUAGCUAUGCAACAAUAUCAAAAUGAUUUAGAAGAAACCAUUAGGAAACAAGCAAAACAAAUUAGACAAUUAAAAAGUACAGUCUCAAAAUAUCGACCGAAUGAUCCGAUAUGGACAGAAAUGGUUGCUACAAAAGAUCAAUGAAUGAAGCAGGAAUCAUACAAAUAUCGAAAAUGAAAAACUAGCAUCUAUUGACAUUCGAGAUUUAUUCUGGUUAAACGAGGGAUCUACUCGAAAUUACCACAAUUCCAAUUUUAUUUAUCUGAACAAAAAGUUAAUAUAGAUCAUUUUAUUUUGACUUGAAUUGUCCAUUUAAUAUAAUGUGCUAUGCAAGAAA